CGCGAUAUCUCCGUUUGCAUUAGCCCUACGUUCCGUGCGCCAAACUUGUUGCUUCUGCAACAAGGACGGUGCAGUGUUUCGAUUUGUGCAGUCCAACAAAGGAAUCUCUUGCAGGCAAGAUGGCCGCCCUCAGUGGCAAGGUCCAGACGGUGCUUGGGGUGAUGGACCCGGGCAUGCUGGGUCGCACCAUGACCCACGAGCACCUGACCUUGAACUUCCAGUGCUGCUACGUCCCUCCUCGACCCGAAGACAAGGCGCUGUCCGAGGCGCCCAUCGAGAUGCGGAACCUGCACUGGUUGCAGCAGAACCCCUACAGCAGCCAGGAGAACCUGCUGCUCUGCCAGGAGAUCAGCGCCGUGCGGGAGGAGCUGCAGCUCUACCGGCAGGCAGGAGGGGGCACCAUUGUGGAGAACACCACCACGGGCAUCGCCCGGCAGCUGCCCACACUCAAGCAGCUGGCCAAGGACACGGGUGUUCACAUCAUAGCGGGGGCCGGGUAUUACGUCGACGUGACUCAUACGGACGAGACAAGGAAAAUGACUGUGGAGAAGCUGACUGACAUCAUGGUGAGUGAAGUGCUUCACGGUGCGGACGGCACAGACAUCCGCUGUGGCGUCAUCGGCGAGAUCGGCACCUGCUGGCCAAUCACAGACAGCGAGAAGAAGGUGCUGCGGGCCACCGCACAUGCCCAGUCUGAGCUGGGCUGCCCCGUCAUCAUCCACCCCGGCCGGCAUCCCACAGCCCCCACCGAGGUGGUGCGCAUCCUGCAGGAGGCCGGCGGAGACAUCUCCAAAACAGUGAUGUCACACCUGGACAGGACCAUCUUUGACACCGGCGAGCUGCUGGAGUUCGCCAAGCUGGGCAGCUACCUGGAGUAUGACCUGUUUGGCACGGAGAUGCUGGACUACCCCUUCAACCUGGAGAUCGACAUGCCCAGUGACUGUCAGAGGGUGCAGAUGUUAUCCUUCCUUGUGAAGGAGGGAUAUGAGGACAAGAUUCUAGUUGCUCAUGACAUUCACACGAAGAACCGGCUGACCAAGUACGGGGGGCAUGGCUACUCACACAUCCUGAAGAACAUCGUCCCCAAGAUGCUGUCCAGAGGCAUCUCACAGAACCAGGUGGACAAGAUUCUGAUUGAUAACCCCAAGCACUGGCUGACUUUCAAAUGAACUGAAGUCAUCUGAAAUCAAAUUGUAACAGAAGUGAAAUUGGAAGUAAAAUUGCAGACAGAGUUAUUCCAGGUUGUCAUUCUGUCCAGCUUGUCACAAUAUCAACCUAAAUCACACAUUUUCAGUCAAGGUUACAAAUUAAUCAUGAUUGAUGAUGACCAGUAAUUUUUUCAAUCUAUUUCAAUCUGUGUUAUGUAAUAGUCAAACUUAACCUGAGUGGGUUCCAGCUCAAGACAUAAUUCUCUGAAAUUGUUUGUACAUUUAGCUGGUCUAGCUUACUCGUUGUAGAUGUCGCAUCGAGUGUGGUCCGCACCGUGGCACUUUCAUAUUAAAUCAACCCAAAGAGGCACGUCUCUCUUUUGAUUAUUAAUUCUCUUUAAAUUACGCUAAUUACAAAUCAUUAGUGAUCUUAAGUAAUGUAUCUGAAUUCAAUCAUAAUGGCUAUUUGCCAUGCUCAGGGACAUCAUCUGAGCCAGUCAAGCGCUUCAGACUGUUCUCAUGUAGGGGUUACCAGUUUCUCAGAGAACAGAGAGGAUAUUCUUUUUUUCAUUUUUUUUAAAGAAAGGUUAAAAGCGUCCUCUGAUAGACCUUACUGUCUCACACCAUCCCAAAAUGUUCAGCCCAAAACUACACCCACCUGGUCAUCAUGACCUUCUAACAUUAAUUCUUCUAGUUGAACCGAGACUGCACUUCUUUUAAAUGCCAUCCAAUUGUAGCUUUGUUGUUUUCUCCUAAACUGUCUAUUAAAUGUAAUGUAUUAUUUUCAACCAUUUUAUUUGUAUUUGUAUUGGCUGGCAUCAUGAUGAGGGAUCAUGAUUUUUGCACUACACCAAAAAAAAAAUACAUGCACUAUGUAAUCCUCCUGUGCAUUAAGACAAAGCCAAGAGGGUAAGAGAGUAGUUUGAGUUAUGUCUAAAUUUGCAGUUUAUAUAAAGUUUCACUUUUUACCCAUAAAACGAAUAAUCAUUAGAAAAGAUGGUUUUACUGACAAGAAAUGAUAAACAAACAAUUCUGAUAUAA